AUGUCCUUCGUCACCGUCGCGGCGGCAACUCUGCCCAGCGUUCCCCUUGACUUCAAGGGAAACCGAGACAGGAUCUUGGAGUCCAUUCGCAUCGCCAAGGAGCAAGGCGCAAGGCUCAGGACCGGCCCGGAACUGGAGAUUCCCGGCUAUGGCUGCCUUGACCAUCAUCUUGAAGGCGACACCUUCCUUCACAGUUGGGAGGUGCUCACCGAGAUCAUCAGCGAUCCUGUGUGCAAGGACAUGCUGAUUGACUUGGGCAUGGGCUGUCGCCACCGCAACGUGCGGUACAACUGUCGCGUUCUAUGCACCUACAAGCACAUCUACCUCAUCAGACCAAAGCAAAGCCUUGCCAACGAUGGCCUUUACCGCGAAGCCCGCCAUUUCUCGGCAUGGACGAAGCUCAGAGAGGUCGAGACCUACUACCUGGAGGCCGUCGCCGCUGAGGUUACCGGCCAGAAAACAGUCCCCAUCGGCGACUUGAUUCUCAGCACUCUCGAUACUGCCGUGAGCUGUGAGACUUGCGAGGAGAUGUUCUCGCCGCUGAACCCCUCGACUUUCCUUGGCCUCAACGGAGCCGAGAUCAUCCUCAACAGCAGCGCCAGCCACGCUGAGCUUCGGAAACUCAAGACUCGUCUCGAUCUCAUCUCGAACUCCACCAGGAAACUGGGCGGUAUAUACGUCUAUGCCAAUGCCACUGGCGUUGACGGCGAAGCACGUAUGCUAUUCGAUGGUUCGAGCAUGGUGCUUGCCAAUGGCAAGGUCCUUGCGCAGUCCUCCCAAUUCUCGCUGAAGCCGGUCGAGGUCAUCACUGCCACUGUCUCUGUCGAAGAGGUCCGGAGCUAUCGCUCGAGCAUCUCACGGAACUUCCAGGCUGCAGCACAGCCUGAUUUCCCGAGGGUUGAGUGCGACUUGCGACUGACAAGACCAGCCGACGAGAUCUACCUGUCAGAUCAUCUCCAUAUUGCGAGUGAGACCGAGCUCAAGAUCCUUGAUCCCAUGGAAGAAAUCGCCAUGGCCCAAGCAGUCUUCCUUUGGCAGUAUCUCUGCCGCACAAAUUCGCCUGGCUACUUCCUUGCCCUGAGCGGUGGCUUGGACUCUUCGACGGUCGCGCUCUUCGUCUACAGCAUGGCCAAGCUCGUGCUCCAGUCCAUUGAAGCCGGGGAGAUGUCCACGCUGGAUGAUCUUAGACGCGUCACUGGCGAUCGAACGUUCAUGCCCGAGACGCCGCAGGAGAUUGUCUCGAGUCUGCUUCACACUUGCUACAUGGGUACCAUCAACAGCGGGGAUGACACGAGGUCAAGAGCCCGUCGACUUGCCCAGGAGCUUGGUGCUUACCACUCUGAUAUCUCGAUCGAUGAAGCCGUGCAAGCUCACGAAGCCAUCAUCGAGAAGACGCUGAAGUUCAAACCCAGAUAUGGGGUUGAAGGCGGAAGUCCGGCCGAGAACCUUGCGCGUCAGAACAUUCAGGCAAGAAACCGACUGGUCGUUCAGUACGAGCUGGCUCAGCUUUCAACGACGGCAAGGCAACUCUCACGAGCGGGUGCUGCACUUCUAGUGCUAGGCAGCGGGAAUGUUGAUGAGAACCUUCGCGGUUACUAUACAAAAUACGACGCAUCAUCAGCGGAUAUUGCUCCGCUCGGGAGCAUCUCAAAAACAGACGCCAAGAGCUUCCAAGCCUGGGCAAGAGAUCAGUGGGACCUCCCCAUCUUGACCGAGUUUCUGGAGGCAACGCCUUCAGCCGAGCUUCUUCCCCUUUCUGCUGGAGUCCAAGAUGAUGAGGCAGACACCGAAAUGGGUCUGACGUACAGGAAAGUAUCCACGACAACCUCGGGCGAAAGGUUUGGCAUCCUGAGAAAGGUGCACAAGCUUGGACCAUGGACCACUUACCUCCGGCUUCUCGGGGAUUGGAAAGAAAGGCCAGGCUACGGCCCGCGGCAGAUUGCCGAGCGGGUAAAGAGGUUCUUCCGCUUCUACUCCAUCAACCGCCACAAGGCCGUCAUCCUCACCCCGUCGCCGCAUCUCUCGGCGUACAACCCGGACGACAACCGCCACGACCUUCGACCCUUCUUGUACGUCGUCACUUGGCCAUGGCAGUUUGGCAAGAUUGACGCACACGCGGAGGAGCUCGAGAGGAAGAUCGCGGACAGUGACAGGCCGGCGGAUACUCAGUACAAAGCGCUCGACUAG